GCGUUUUGUCCUUGUUUUUGAUUUUCAGAUUGCAUAUAUAUUCACUUCUCACUUUAUGGGUUCUUAGUAUUUUAUCAAGUUUAUAUGUCAAGAUAUUAAAUAGUACAUUUUUUCAUGUGUUAUGUGCAAAUAAGAACUUCAUAAAUAAAUUACGCAGUUCUAGCACAGGUGACUUGUCGUAGUCAUGUUUCCCUUCGUCUGACUAAACUUUUUGUUACAUACAGAUUAAAAUUCACCUCUUAUGUGUUUUUAAUUUCUGUCACAGGCAUUUUAUGUCUAUCUGAUAUUAGGUGAUGGUGGGAUAUGGAGUUCGUAUGUUCCCGGGAAAUGUAACGUCUCAGGUUUUGUACCCCUGACUGAACAGGUGCUCUGCGAUAAAAAUGAACGCUAAGCUACCCUAAUCGCAGUAGAAAUCCUCAGUGCCCUUCUGUCUCCCCUUCAAACUAAUGUAGUCUUUCUGACGAAGUAAAUCAGUCCAAUUCCACAGCUAUUUUAUGGAUUUAAAAUAAGAUGACAUUAAUCACAAUGUGGAUUUAUUCAAACAUUUUGUCUAACAACAGAAAUCUGACACCUCAUCCACAUAAUGUUUACACAUUCCUACAUGUCAUAUCAUGUUUGUUGUUGAUCCCUGGAUUGAGCUGUUCACAAGUCUCAAAUGGGAUCAAAUCAAUUAAUAAAGAUCUUGGACCAUUAACACUACCACCAUCAGCGUUUUCAGCUAGUUCUGUUUAUCAGGAUAAACCUGAAUACCAACCACAUAAGGCGAAUUUUGUAGUGUUUGCUUCCAAAGAAGAAAUUUCCGGUGCUUGGUGUCCAGCUAAAUUAAUACAUACCGAAUUAAAUGAAUGGUUACAAAUCGACUUCGGAGCACUUAAACUCAUUAAGGUUUUAUUUUCUGAAGGCGGUGGAUUAAAUCAGAAUGCAUUUGUUCCAAUGUUUGUUAUCAAAUAUCAACGGGAAGAUAAUUCAAAGUGGUAUGAGUAUCGGAUGAGGAAUGGAAGCAGGCUACUUCAUGCUAAUCGUAAUAGUCAGACUAUAGCAAUUCAGCUGGACCCACCAAUUAUCGCUAAACGAUUUCGUGUAUUGCCUUACACUAAUGAACCGAAUCCUAAGUUAAUGUGCCUUCGAUUAGCUGUCUAUGGAUCAGUGUUUGACGAUGGAGUUAUUGAAUAUUCAAUUCCUGAAGGAGAUGUAUAUCGACUUGAUCCACGUGGAGAUUUUGCUUUGAAUGAUACAAGCUAUGAUGGAGGGUUAACUUCAGAAUUAUCUGCAACCAGUAAUGAUCCAGAUAACACAGGUGAACGACGCGCUUAUCUUACUGGUGGUAUGGGUUUACUUAUGGAUAAACAGUACUUUGAAGGAAGUCUUCCUGAGAAUUUAGGCAGUAAUAGCGUUGUCGGCUGGUUUCGAAGACAACAUACAACUCCAUCUGGUCGUAUUACCAUGUUAUUCAAAUUCGAUCAAGUUCGUAACUUCACACGAAUGCGUAUUCAUGCUUUAAAUUCUUUGGACUAUAUCGCUCUUUUUCGUCGAGUAUCUGUCCAGUUCAGUAAUGGAGGUCGUUAUUUCGAUAGAAAUCAUUCACCUGUCGUUGUGGAUAUACACCGUGAUGUUUAUAAUUCUCAGCCUCGUUGGCUUCCUAUCGAUUUAGGUUAUCGUACAGGUCGUUAUCUAAGAAUUACACUGUGGUUUGAUUAUGAUUGGAUUGUACUCUCAGAGAUCACGUUUGAUUCAUCAUAUGUACCGAAUGGGGCUGUUAUACAACCAGAACAAUCUGAUGAUCCUGUUCAAAAGAUACCUGAUUUUGAUUCAUCUGGCAUUGAUUCUGUUGGUGAUAGUCUAUCUGCAAUAGCCAAAUCUUCUGAUCAACAAUCAACUUCCCCACCUAUGGUUAAUCAACCCUCAGUGCAAAAUGAUCCUGGCACCGCGAAACAACCAACACAUUCACAAGCAUCUCUUUCAUCAGCUGAUGUACCAAUUAGUGCAACAUUUAAACACAAGAAUUCAAAUGUACCAUAUAUCAUUGCAAUUAUAUCUUGUUGCUUAGGCUCAUUUGCAUUUGCAUGCUUUUUUGCUUUUAUGGUAUUCCGGUUAAAGCGGUGUCGACAAAGACGUUUAAAAAAGCUACAAAAAGGUCAAUUACCACAGACAUUAGAUAAACAACCUAUGCAUCAACAUCUACUUCUUACAACAGGACAAAAUCAAAACUCCUUAUCAUCCACUUUAUCUGUUCCUUCUUCUUCUUCAUCCUCCGGUCCAUGUAUUAUUUCUUCGUUAAACCCAUCAUACCAAUAUAAUCAGUUGAAAUCGACUGGUAACAAUUAUACUACUGAUAAUGGGAGUAGUAAUAAUAAUAAUAACAAGAUUAACGCUAAUGCUGUAAAUCUACAAAACCCAACAUUUGUGGACACGCACAGUAAUCAUCUGGCUGCUUUAUCUCAAGGAUACACUGAUAUGAUGACUCAUCCGACUGGGACAGUGUGUACUCCUUACUCGAAUGGAAUUGACCAAGAUGGUUUGUUAGCUCUACAACUACUACAACAUGGCUCUUCAGUUGGCUCAAAUUUCCCCUCAAUGAAUGGUUUAACUCUAGCCCGCCGUGGACUGUCUGAUGCGAGUACAGGUGCCUUUGCUGUACAUCCAAUGGUUACACUUGGGACAGAAAAUAAAUUUAUCGGUGUGAAUUUACCACCAGCAGCAGCAGCAGCAAAUUGUACAUUUGCACCAAAUCUGAAAAUCAGUUUAUCCAGUCCACAAAGUAAUAAUAACAAUGCAUUUGGUUCUCAUCAACUACUACCACCGCCACCACCACCUGAUCAACCAUUGCCUCCUUUGCCUAACAUACCAUCAGAUCAUCAUCAACAGCAUAUAAUUUCAAAUGUUGGGAAUCAAUUGCCUGAUUCUAAUAAUCAAAAUAAUCGCCUUUUAAUUAAUACAUCUUUAUCGCCUGUUUUUCCAUACGCUGCUACAUCAUCAUUUGUUUCUCAAGCCUAUCCAACAGAAAACGGUUUUAUAUUAUCCAUAGAUAGUCCAAUGCCAGAAUAUGCAAGUGCCUCACUUUUCAGUGGUACAGGAAGUGGUACAAUAAGUUUAGGACCAAAUGAUCUUAGAAAUUCAAUUAUCUCUAAAACAACAAUGGAUAGUGAUACAAGUAAAUAUAAACAACUUAUGGAGACAUAUUGUGUUCCACAGCAUAUGAAUUCAUGUUUUUGGACAUCAAAUAGUCAUCCGCAUAACCAUCAACAACAAUUAAAUCUUAAUGGUAUGCCUAAUCUAUCAACUUCUGCAUCAUCUGAUAAUAAUAAUGGUAAUAAUAAUACACAAGGAAGUUCAAAUAAUGAACAACUUUCAGAAAGUAUGGAUUCUAGUGGAAUGUACUACUUAACACAUAAAAAUCAUACAGAUAAUAAUAAUAUUAAUAAGAUUUCUUCAAAUUCUAUUCAUCAAAAUCCUGCUGUAUUUUUCCCCUUUUCUGCUGCACCAACCGCAGCAACACACUUAAUACCAAUACAAACAUUAGGCGUACGACCUGGUAUAUUAGUAUCGAAUAGAGAUGAUCAAACCACUCUAAAUCAAUCUUAUCAACAUGAUCCAAAUCAAUCUAUAGGUAUGUCUAUGACUAAUCAUCAUAAUCAUCACCAUCACCACCAUCAAGACAGUAAUACAAGUACACCAAACAGAUAGAGACACAAUCAUUUAGAGAAUCAAACAAAAAGUAUCCUUUAUACAUUUAUAUGUCAAUGAUUACAUUUCAGUUGAAUCCACUGUGUGCUAUCAGUCAUUCUACACUUCUAAUAAUACUAUUAAUAAUGAUAAUAAAUUUUGUACCUACAUAUAAACGAUCAUGUUGAUGUGAAUAUAAUUCGAAUUUCAAUCUUUGUUCAUUGUUUCGCGUUUACUUUUGUGAAUAUAUAAAUUCCUGUUGUUUAAUGCUAGUAUACUUUCCCUGUGAUUAUUAUACAUCAAUAUAUAUAAUUCACAAUGGUUACAUGAUAAAUAUAAUACAAUUAUUCAACCUUAUCUUAUUUGUGAAUUAUAUAAAGAACUUUUCAAUCCCAAUUCUUCUUGAAAGAACUGUUUAUAUAUGCUGCAUACAUAUUUGUCUGUAGACAGAUGAUAAUUAGUCGGACUGCUGAAAUUCCCCUUUUACACACUUCCUUUUGUACUCAUCAGUUAUUUGUUUAAAAUUGUGUUAGGAGAAAGUAAAGUUACUUACAGACUGUCAACACUGUUGUUAUACAACAUUACUAAAACAUACAACAUUUAUGUAACACAGAGCUUGUUAAUAUAAUCUUUUGUUCUUACAGAUGCUUACAUAUAAAUAUACAUAUAUCAGGAAAUUAGCUAUGAAAUUCAACAUGUACAGCUCUUCUUCUUCUUCCUGUCUAGUUUGUAUUUAUUCACGUUUUUUGCACACACUUAUCUUUGGCGCUGUUACCUUCUUCAUUCUUGAAGUUGUAUUCAUAAUCAUCCCUUCAAACUAUUUAUUAUUGCUGUCGAAGCAUCAAGAUCAAUAUUUGUUAGAGGCAUGAUAGUUAAGAAUAGGGGAAUGGGUAAAAACUUACAAUUAACAACGAAAUGUGAAUGUGUAUUGGAGGUUGUUUUAUUUGCUGAAAAUAUUACAUCUCUUUGACCAAUAUCUCCUCUUAUCAAUAAGAAAAAGUUGUAAUUUACUUCAGUAUUAUAUUGUAAUUAUGUGUGGGUGUGUGUGUGGGGGGGGCCGGUAUGGACUCGACCUAUCUCAGAAUUGUUAGUCGCAUGAUUUCUAAAGGGCUGGGGGUUAGCUUUGAAAGGUGAUGUGAUGAUAGUUGUUUCGGGCCGGUUUACAAUAAAUUUGCAUAUUACUUACUAUCUUUCUAGUCCCUUUUUCUUCUCUCUGGUUUGAUUCUGAAUCACCUUCAUUGCCAUUUUGCGGUUCAACUUGUUAGUGAUUUGAUUAUAUAUAUAAAUGAACAGUUUUCUUCUUCAGUUCCAAUAAUUUAGCAAGUUUUGCUUUGUUUACCGUUUCUUUUUUUAUAUGAGGUUAUUUAUAAACAACAUUUCUUCUUGUUUCCUUUUUAUUUUCCUAACGUCAGUGUCUUCUAAUCCGAAAAAACACACUGAACAAAUGGGGGGAAAUAACGUUGACUAAUUGAGCGCCUUGAUUUUAUUAUUACUAAAAGUAAAUACACACUUACACGUAAACAUUAUAUUAUAUUGCAUUAUUUAUUUAUUGAUAUAUUAUCUUUUUGAGAAACCAACAUUUACACUUGUUGACAGAUUUACUUACUUUUUUGUGUGUUUUAUCACGCUUCUAUUUCGCUUUGGUUUGCAUUGUUUCUGUUUUCUUUUUUGUGUGUGAGUAUGUGGUUGUUUCAGUUAUUCAAUGCACAUUUUAAUGUGAAAGUGUAUUCCCUCCUUAUUUGAGAACAAAGGAAUGGAACAAGCUGUUACAGAUCCUACUAUAUUUGAGUUAGAGGGUCAGUACUAUCAUCUUGUACAUUAAUUAUUCAAUAAUGAUAAUAAAUAAUAAUAAUAACAGUUAAACCAUUUUCUCUGCUUUCUAGUUUUUGAAGCACAGUAGAAUAUGAAUUUAGUGUUGUUUUCUCUUCAAAUGAACAAUAUUCUUAUUCAUUAAU